ACGUAACUUAACUCUAACGUAACAUUUUGGACAGAACAUGCGCAUUUACUUAUCAGAUGAGAACUGCAUAAAAAUACCGGAGAUUGGCGGAUGAAAAAUGACAAGCUGUUGACUGCGCAACUAUCGAUGCUGAAUAUGGUAGUGGGAGUGUCCCGUUAUCUAUUUUCGAUUGACUGACAUUACAUAACAUAACGGAACUGAACUUGGACAGAAAAUAACUCUAGCUUUUAAAAUCGACCGUAUGCGAAAAUUAAGGAUAUUCUACCGACAUAAAUGUAAUUGUUAUGGACAUGUGGAUACUAUACACCUAACAGGGGCAUAAAAAACAAUAUUAUUAUAAAGCCAAAGAUAUGUACCGGUAAUGGAAACUGAUGUGAUUUAUAAACUACCAGAAAAACCAGAGAAACCUGCUGAUUCUGAUUGCUGUGGUAACGGCUGUGUGCCUUGUGUAUUUGACUUGUAUGAAAGUGAUGUUAAAAUAUGGGAGAAAGAAUGCCUCCGAAUUAAACAGGGGAAACAAACAGAAAUAUUUAAUCAGGGUCCAAUAUUAUGUACAGAUGAAUAUAGACAAUUUGAAUUAAUAUCAAUAGUAGCUGAUGAUGUACAGGAUGUUUUUAUUUAUAGAUUUCAAAUACCAAAUUACCAGUGUCUGGGAUUAAAGUUAGGACAACAUGUUAUAAUCAGGUGUUAUGAUGGUGUACAUCCUGUAAUUAGACAGUAUUCACCUAUAUCAGAUAUUAAUCAAUCUGGGUUUUUUGAUUUACUAAUAAAGAUAUAUUCAAAUGGUCGUCUUUCUCAGCUAAUAAAACAAUGGAAGAUUGGCACAAAAGUGGAUGUUAGAGGACCUUUUAAUGAAUUCCAGUACAAACAAAAUUUGUAUGAUCAGUUAUAUAUAGUUUGUAUGGGAACUGGUAUAGCUCCUAUGGUGCCUUUAAUUACAUCCAUAUUAGAUAAUGAAAAUGAUGAAGUUAUUUUAAAACUUAUAUUUGGAUGUUCAAGUUAUUCCAACAUUCUACUGAAGAAACAACUGAAUGAAUGGAGCCAAUUUUGGAAUUUCACUGUUGUGUAUUCAUUAAGUAAUGAAGAUGGAGUUGGAUGUCAUUAUGGAAAGAAGAUCUAUUUACACAGAAUAUCACAAGACUUAUUACAAACAGAACUAGAUUUAAACAAAAAAUAUAAAAUAUUAGUGUGUGGUUCAAAUAGUUUUACUUCAGACAUACUGAACUAUUUAAACAAGUUGAAAGUGUCUGAUACAAAUAUACACAAAUUCUAGGCCAGGGUGCCUUCUGACUUUUAAAUGUUUUUAUAUAGGUGUUAUUAAAUUUAUAACAUAUUGUUAUAUACAUUUUAUUAAAUUUAUUACGUAACUGUUAUGAAA